AGGAAAGAUUAGACAGAAAAAGCCCAGCCAGGAUUCAUUAUCAAAUAUCCAACUUCUUAAAGUCAGGGUUGUCGCGGGUUCGGAAAAUGAGGAAGUAUUGCGGCACAUUAUUUCGAUGCAGGCUCUAAUUUACAACACCAAUAUCACUGUGAACGAGAAUGGUGAACCUAGGGCAUCCAUUAACGAAGGUACAUCAUUUACAACGCUGAUGAAUCAUUUCAAGGAGCUACAGCAUAACUUGACUUCCGAGGAAGUGUACGCAUGGAUCUUAGGUCAAUCUCUGUUUGAUCCUCAACCAACGCCAGCCAACAUGGAAGAGAUGCACGACCUAGCGCGUGAAUCAUAUGAAUCACUUGGUCGCAGGACUAGAUGCAGCAAUUGGCUCUCAUACGUGACGAAGUCGUCUCUGGAAGCGGACUUGAGGCGUAUUGAAGCCGAAGGUGGACCAUUAGCACAGCAGGAAGCCAUCUUUGUGCUCUUAGCGGGCAACAAACGUCAAAAGGCUAGUGUGGCGGCGGUGCAGUCUCGAAACCUGCGUCUCGCUACACUCAUCGCUCAAUCAGGUCGUGGAGCACAGCCUUUGUUGAGACUAGAGAACCAAAUGAAGAUCUACCAAGAAGCUGAUCAAGGCAGAGGGGUAUCUUCUAGCUACAUGAAGGCGUAUGCGCUUUUGAGUGGUGCACUGGAUAUUAAUAUUGCGCCCAAGGAUGAGCCUCAAUCAUUUGUGACAGACGGGUUAGACUGGCGGCGAGCAUUUGGAUUGUAUUUAUGGCACAGUAAUACACCUGGUGCAGACUUAGGGCAGGCUUUGAGUCAUUAUAGUGCCUCAAUGUCUCAGCGCAAAUCUGUAGCAAGGCCAACACCAUGGUACCAACGGAACACGGACAGUGAGCCAGAACACUUUGAUUUCUUGUUUCAACUGAUUGCACUGCUGACACAUCCAUCUAAGGCCUUGGAGGAUGUGCUCCAUCCAUUAGGGAUGGGUCCUGUCUGCCUGGAUUACCGUCAAAGUUGGCUGUUCUAUAUGGUGCUUUGUCAGUCGCUCCAUGCUAGCCAAUUUCGAUCAGAGCUGUCUCAUGCUCAAAUAUGCCAAAGCUUCAUCUUCCAGUUAGAGAAUCUAGGCCUGUGGGAAUGGGCGGUCUUUGUUGCGCUUCAUCUUGAGACGGCUUCAUCAAGGGAGCUGGUCAUUCGUCAGAUUCUUGAACGACAUGUCGAUCUCCCAACGCUUUCGUGUUCUCCUUCGUCAUCUAUCUCUGCUCCUUCAAAAGGGAUGGCAACAUUAGUUCCGUCCGUUGACACUGAACGAUGGGAAUUUGAGGGUGAAAAGAAUUCGUUCUUAUUGAAAGAUCUCAGGAUCCCCGAAGCAUGGCUUUGGAGUGCGAGAGCCGUUAGAGCCAAGUACAAUGGUGAACUUUACAUGGAGGUAUUCAGUUUACUCAAAGCGGGAGAAUACGAAAGAGGGCACAAGCUCAUCUUGUCAAGUCUGGCACCUGUUUCAAUCCUACAAGGCGACCUAUCGACACUCAACAGGGUUUUGGGAAUGAUUAAUCAGAAUAAAGUGCAGGGUUGGGCCAAUGGAGGAGCGAUCUAUCAGGAGUAUCUGAAGUGCUGUUCAGACUUUGAAGGGCGUGAUGGUUAUUUGCUGAUGAGGGGCAAUAAAGUGUCUUACGCAAACGAUCUGGUCCCUCAGAAAGAUACCCAAAUUCUUCAAAGCGAGGUACAGGCACUGCUAAAAAAGUUGCCAUUGCUUCUAGCGCAUCAAUCUACAGACAGUCCUUCGCUCCAGGUCUGUGUUUCAGAAAUGGCAUCAAGAUGCACAACAUUGCUGCGAGAUUUGAAGGAGUUGGUAUGUAUCCUGUUAUCAUAUCCAUAAACGCUUUUGGAAGAGAAUCGCAAAUUUAUACUAACAAAAUAUUUAUGGCAUUAUAGUCCAUACAGGAGACUGCAUCCCUGACAGAUCUACCUCUGGAUGAGGACGAGCGCGUGAACACUGUACAGAAGAUCAGCUCCGAC